CGCCCAUUCUCUUCCCUCCUCCGUCCACCUGCUUCACCGGUCUGCCCAUCGUCUCUCUUGGUGACGGUCGUCGCUAUACGGCUCUCACAGUCGCGGUUGACUUCCUGCACCUGCGCUGCGUGCUUCUGUCCGGCGGCAUAUAUCUCGUUCUUCCGUUCGACAAGGCUUACGCAUCGGGACCGCUGUUCAAGGCACCUUGGGCUACUACAUUGGUUGGGAUCGGCACUACGGUUGAGGUCUGCUAUGUCUUUUCGUAUUGCAGCUUCGCCGCCUUUGAGGCGAGUAGUCACAGCGUUCGUCGCAGCCGUUGGACGGUUAGACAAGUCGCUCUCUCCAAGCGAUACGAUCCAUCGUUUACGACAGUAUAACUUCACCUUCGCCGAUACGGCGUACUUCUUCCACAUCGCCCUCGCAGCAUUCUGGCUAUACAUCAUGGACGUGCCCAUCAUCCUCAAGUUGAUGAUACCCCUGCUAUACACGUUUGCAGUUCUCAUACCUCUAACGUCACAGUUCUUCGUGCCAGCAACCCCCAUCUUUCUCUACCUUCUCAGCUUCUUCUCAUCGAAAUACAUCCCGAAGGAGUACCGCCCAACACCAUCGGUCGUCUUGCUGCCGACGCUGGAGUCGGUGCUGUAUGGUGCGAACGUGUCCGACAUCCUCACGCGGUUCACCCAUCCAAUUCUCGACCUACUCGCAUGGGUACCGUACGGUGUCGGCCACUACGUCAUUCCGUUCAUCGUCGCCGCGUUCCUCUGGCUGUUCCGUCCCAAGGAGUCCCUUCACUACUGGUCUCGCGCGUUCGGCUUCAUGAACCUGACAGGAGUGCUCAUCCAAAUCGUCUUCCCGUGCGCCGCACCAUGGUACGAGCUCAUUUACGGCCUCACGCCCGCCGACUAUACGAUUCGGGGCUCUCCCGGCGGUCUUGCGCGGAUCGACCGGCUCUUCCACUCCAGCGGAUACACGGCUGCAUUCUCCAACUCUCCGCUCGUCUUCGGCGCGUUCCCCUCCCUCCACGCCGCAUCCGCAACGAUGGAGGCACUCUUCAUGUCGCACUUCUUCCCACAGACCACCAAAUGGGUCUUUGGCUACGCGGCGGUGCUCUACUGGGCGACGAUGUACCUCACGCACCACUACCUCGUCGAUGUCGUCGGCGGGUCCUGCCUCGCGGUCGCCUUCUUCUACCUCAUGAUGCCCGAGGAGCUUAAGAGCCCUGCCGCGGCGACCGCCUCCCCGAUCGGGCUCGGCGCACCGACGUACCGCUCCAAGUACGAGAUCUACGACCUCGAGGAGCCGCGCGGGCGUGGGGGGCGCGGAGGGCGCGGCAACGGCGCAAUCAUGCGCGACGCGGAGGCGUUCGACCUCGAGGAGCUCUCUGAUCGCGAGAGCGACUCGGAGAUGGACAUCACGUACCGCUCGCCGGUCGUGCCCAACGGCCCGCCGUCUUCCGUGCCGCUGGUGAAGUCGGGCGGGCGGGCGUCGCCGACGAGGAAGAGCCAUAGGCAUACGGCGAGCAUCGCGAGCCUCAUUCGGUCGGAGGACAGGGGCGAUGAAGGGUGGAGUCCGAUCGGGGGGUCGUUUGCGUUCCCGCCGACGCCGACGAGGGCGCAGGCGUUUGAGGAGGGCAAGGGUCCGAGGGCGACGUGAAGGGGUUUGCAGGGUUGCAUCUAGGAAGGGGCUGCGAGUUCUGGUGUGCAAGAUGUGUAUCUCGCUCUGGGCACGUUGAUUCUCUGUGCCAUCCUUUCGUUACGGCCUGGUUCAAAUCCUAUCCUAUUUCUCAUCUCAUCUCUAAAAAGCUGCGAGAUGAACGUAUGUAUAUAUGGUGGAACAGCAUGCCGAUCAAGGCAG